AUGAAUCUCCAUCAUCAACAACAUCUCCUGCCCAUCACAAUAAUUCUAUUAUCAACUAAUAUUUUCCCAUCGUUUACUCAGUCUGUCGAUGACUCAAUUCAUGACACAAUCUACGAUGGAUGUGGUGACUAUAAACAAUGCUUUGGGCAUGGAUUUAGUGAAGAUUGUGUUGACAAUCGUGAUUGCUUGUCAGUUGGAACUGUUUAUAAGAAAGGAAUUGACUAUAUUUUCGAGAUGAAAGGACAGAAAGGGAAUGGUUAUGUUGCUGCUGGACUAUCUACAGAUGGUAGGAUGGGCGAUGAUUUAGUUGUUGAAUGUGUUGCGAAAGGAAAUGAAGUCAAGAAUUACAUGUCAUAUACUGGACUUUUUGACGUAUCUAGGGAUGGAGUUCCACAAGACACAGCAAAACUUAUCACAAGCUACAUCAUAGACAACACAAUCUACUGUCGAGUUGCAUGGCCAGUAGUGUCACAAGUCAAAGCCUUAACAUUCGAUCUGACUCAAUCAGAUUAUCAUGUGCUGUUUGUUGGUGGAGCUGUUAAAAGUGAUUACUCACUAGACUACCACAAUGUCAAGUUUUAUUCACCGUCUGCUGUUAAGUUUUCAGCAUUAAAAGAUACAAAUGAUAGAAAUGUAAGGAGGAAAAGAAGUUCAUCAGACGAUAUUUAUGAAGAAUGUAGGAAUUCAGAGCAUAAUGGCUGUUUUGGACUUGAGGAUAAUUGUGUAGAUAACGAAGCGUGUUCAGCUAUGGCUGUUGUUAAUCAGCAUGAGGACAUCCAAACCUUUCAACUCGUGUCAUUCAUUGGAUUUAAAUACAUUUCUCUAGGCUUCUCUGAGCAAAGCACUAUGGAAGAUGAUGAUUAUGUCUUCGAAUGCAUCAACAAUGGAGGUAAAGUGAAUGCAUUUUUCUCAAGGUACAGCACAAGGAGUCUGGAUAAACAGCCAGCAAUGACACUCAGAAGCAGUAGUUUAAGUGACAAAAGACUUUACUGCCUCAUUGACUUCAACAAUACGUCCAACAUGACAAGUAUCAGUUCUAUUAAUAAAAAGAGAUUUUUCUCAUUAUCAGCUGGACAUGACCCACAAGAGAAAGUUGAAUCUAAGCGAGCUUCGUUGAUGCAUCUGAUCCUCAACUAUUCAACAUUAAUCCUAAGUAGCAUUGUAUUUGGAAUCAUUUUAUAUGAUCGCGGUGGUUUUGUAGAUCCAAAUCCACAUUGGAUUUUCGCUAUUGUUGCUAUGAUCUUCUGUCUUGGACAGUUUGUUUAUGGACAUCUUAGACCCCGUCCAUUCACAACAGCACGCGAGUACUUUAAACUAUUCCACUGGUUCGGAGCAAAUAUGACGCUAAUGUUUGCGACAGCUGCUGUAUUCUUUGCAAUACCACAGCCUAAAGCAGAACUUUCUAAAAGUUCAGCUUGGUAUUUUCUCCUUUUUGUGAUUAAUUUUGUAGCUACUCAUGGAUCUUUGUAUCUUGUUGCUUAUUACCAAAACCGAUCACCAUUGGCUGAGUUGGAUGAAGUUCCUAAUGAUCAAAUGACACCAGAACAGAAGAAAUAUUAUAGGGACGAUCCAGGAGUUCAGGAACAUCAAUUAGAGCUGAAAAAAAAACUUUGUGGAAGCAAAUUGAGCUUAGAGACCUGUCAAAAGUCUACCAAACUUGAGCAAACGUUCAUCAUGACCUUGAGACUCAUCACUUCAUCAAUUGCAGUCGCAUUUACGCUCAUCACAUUCACUGGAUGUGAGACAACAAACAUAGUCCUCGAGUGUGAUUUUCAAGGAUUAUCAGCGGAAUGUGAAGCACAUAAAGUUAAAAAUGACGUCACUGGACUUAAAAUCAUUGCGAAAAAUGAAACUUUUGCUAAUGCAACGACAAAGUUCCUCACAAUUUCAGGAUUUGGACUUUCAAGCAUUCCACAGAAAAUUGGACAAAAAUUUCCAAAUCUUGAAAGCUUUCGAGUCAGAAAAACUUCAAUAAAAUUAAUUGGAAACCAAGAUUUUCAAGGUAUGAAGGAUUUAAGGCAUGUCGCAUUGGACAGCAACAGAAUAUCAAUAAUUUAUCAAGAUGCGCUGUACAAUUUACCAGAUCUGGAAAGCUUUUACAUCUCAAACAAUAAAAUUGAAUUUUUACAUCCAGAUUUAUUCAAAAAUUCACCAAAAUUAAAGAGCUUCAUAGCUGAUUAUAAUCACAUCAAAAUCCUUGAUGCUCGUCUUUUUAAAAAUAAUGACAAACUUGAAUGGAUCAGCUUGAUUUACAAUAGAAUUAAUAACAUAAGAGUGGAUUUUAGAGAAUUAAAAAAUUUAUUUUAUGUGAAUUUUAGUAAGAAUGUUGAAGGAUGUGACAUUAUCCUUAAUGAAGAGUCAUUGGAGCAUCACGAUAGGGUCCAAAAAGUUGCAGAGUUCCAGCAAAGAGUUGAAGAAAAAUGUAGAAUUUAAAAUUAUUUGAAUAAAAUGUUAAAAUAUUCCGAAUAGCACAAGUCGGUUAAUCGAAUAGAAAUCCGGCGUGAUUCUGGCAUGGUGCUGAACUUAAAUCCAAGUCCAGCAGUAUGUGUUAGCUUGAAGCUAGAUUUCUAUUUGACUAACCUCCUUGUGAUUUUCGGGUAUUAGUCAAUAGUCACUAGAUUCAUUAUCAUAAUCCUUAGAUUUUUCAAAGCUAGCCUUCUUCAGAUUCUCAAACUUAGUGAAAUCAACUUGAAUGUCCUUAAAGUCAUUAAAGUUCAUGUUGACAUUCUCUAGAUUCUGGUUAUUUCUAAAGAUUCCAGCUGGUAAAACCUGAAUGUCAUUCAAUGGCGCUGAGACAUCCUUCAAAUUUG